AUGCAUAAGGACAAGGUAUUUCAACUAGCAAAGGGGUUCCGGGGGAGAAGUAAGAACUGCAUACGGAUAGCCAGGGAGCGUGUAGAGAAAGCGCUGCAGUAUGCAUGGAGGGACCGGAAAGCAAAAAAGCGUGACAUGCGGUCUCUCUGGAUCCAGAGGAUCAAUGCGGCAUCGAAGGAGCAUGGGGUGCCAUAUUCAAGGUUGAUGCAUGGGCUGCAGCAGGACAACAUACAGGUUAACAGGAAGGUGCUCAGUGAACUCGCGAUGCAGGAGCCUUUCAGCUUCAAAGCACUUGUGGAUCAGGUCAGAACAAUGAGGGGAAAUGCCUGAUGGGAACCUCAUGGGCAAUAUUACUAGCUGUGACCUGUGCUGGUUUCCCAAUCCUCCAGUGCAUGGGAUAGAGUGUGACUUCAUCAGAUGCUGCUCCUGAUAUGCUGACAAGGCAAUUGCCUGCUAAUGAUCGAUAAUGGACGUCUUGAGUAUGGGUGUACCAAAGGUUCUAAUUGUCUCGAUCAUUGUGGCCAAUGACACUGCAGCAUCGCUGCUUGAAUUCAGACGACGUGAAGAUACAAGAUAUCCCAUUUAUAAAGUCCUUGCGGGGUUGGGUGCUUAGGAGUGUUUGUCACACUCAUGACUCUUCAUGAGAUACUUGCUCACCAGCACAGCACUAGUGAACUGCUAGCAAUUGGAUGGGUUG